AUGUUUAAAUUGCUGCGAAACAAAGUAAAUCGGGAAAGAAAACGUUGUCGUAAAGUAUACUAUAAGAAAAAAGUUGGCAACCUUCUGGAUUCGAAACCUAAAGACUGGUGGCGAGAGGUAAAACAGCUCAGUGGUCAGCAAUCAACACGGCCAGACCUCAGAUCCAUGAUUAGAUUUGACGUUGAGGACAGUGAUGAAGGUUUAGGAAAUAGGAUUAACGAGGCCUUUAUCAGUGUCAUGAAAGAUUUCCCCCCGCUGCCUGAAGAUUUUAACCUAUCGACUGACAAUGAUGAACCAAUUAGCGUCUCAGAAACAACAGUGGAGCGGCUACUACGCGCAAUCAGUGUUUCCAAAGCUAGCGGUCCUGAUGAACUCCCCAAUUGGGUUCUAAAGAGCUUUUCUGACAUUCUGGCGCCUGCAAUUACUGAUAUAUUUAACGCAUCCUUCUGUGAAUGCAAGGUGCCGAGGGUAUGGAAAAUAGCAGAUGUGCCACCUGUUCCUAAAGCCAAAAACAUUACCGAUUUUAACAAGGACUUGAGGCCAAUAUCCUAACUUCAACAUUGUCAAAAAUUGCAGAAAACCUCAUAAUUGAGUAUGAAUUAUAAUCUAAACUACUAAGAAAGAUGGACCCAAUGCAAUUUGGCUUUAUCCCAGGAUCAAACACGACUCUUGCGCUUAUUUCAAUGUUGCAUACCUGGCUAGAUGCACUUGAUGGGACGGGUUCUACAGUAAGAGUCGCUCUACUUGAUUAUCGCAAAGCCUUCGACCUAGUCGACCACAAUCUACUUGUUGCAAAACUAUCCGAUUAUGAAAUAAAGCCAACGGUUGUAAAUUGGAUAGCUGACUUUCUUCGUGGUCGAACUCAGAGAGUUAAAAUAAACUCUGUGUACUCAAAUUUUUUACAAGUUCCUGCCGGUAUUCCACAGGGAACGAAAAUCGGUCCCUGGCUAUUCCUAGCAACAAUAAAUUAUCUAUGUAUUACAAAAUCUCCGACUAGCAACCUGUGGAAAUUUGCAGACGAUACUUCGGUUUCUGAAGUUAUUCCAAAAGAUGGUGUUAGUUCCCUGCCAGAUAAAGUAGACGAAGUAAAUAAAUUUCAACUGAACCCUGGCAAAUGUAAAGAGCUGAGGAUAAACUUUACCACGCAACCAUUUACUGAGGAACCCCUAAAUAUAAACGGGAAGCCAUUUGAAAUUGUAAAAUCUGCAAAAGUUCUGGGCAUGAUAGUUACCAAUGAUUUGAAAUGGAACAAACAUGUAAGCAAUACCGUGGAAAAGGCUUCUAAGAGACUUUAUUUAUUAAGGCAAUUAAAACGUGCUGAAGUGGAAACUAGAUCCUCAUACAAGUUUUAUACCGUGUGUAUAAGAUCUGUCGUUGAGUAUGCUUGCCAAGUCUUCCACUCGAGUCUCCCUAACUACCUAUCAAUGGAAAUUGAAAAUGAUGAUCAUAAGAACUAUUGCCACCGAAAAAUUUACAACCAAACAAUCUCAGAACAAACAGAAAAUAUAAUCUUCCCAAGAUGCACACGAACAGAUUUAGUAAUUCCUUUAUUCCAUAUUGCGCACGUAAUGCAACCUUGUAGGUAAUUUCAGAUCGUUAAUAUUUUAAAUAGUUAUGAACAUACAUUUACAUUUAGAUUUUAGACUUUUUACUAGAGACAACACAAUAUGUACAGUAAUAAACAGGAUAUGUAAACAUAUAUAGGUACAUACAUAUAUUUAUAAAUAUAUAUAUUCGUAUAUUUUCACUUUGUAAAUUCAAUAGUAAUUCAGCCGCAAGACUGUAAAUAUUGAUACAAUUAAACGUUCUAUCUCUUCUAUCAUGAUCACCUACAUUUGCAAGGCGUUUUUUACAAAACCCAGUACAUAGUAGGUACUUAUCUAGCCUACCAGAUCAAGACAAUCCCUAGUACUAUACACUGUUAUUUCCGAGGUUAUUUCCUACUAUAUGCCAUCGCAUAUACACCCCACACGCAAUUCGAACUAAACAUACUUCACAGUUCACUAUAUAGUGUAUCACAUGCCGAGACAAAGCCAAAUUAUUAAGGGGUAGUAGAGCACUCGCAUCCCACUACAUAUUUAUUCAUCGCGCAUUGAGACAACCUAUAUUAUCGGCCAGCUCAUGAUUACACAGAGCAAUUUUUGCUUUUCUCCGUCUCUCUUUUAGUCUUUCUGCUACAAACGAAGGAAGGACAUGAAGAAGAUCUCAGGACUUGCGCCAUCUUGGUUUCCGCCUUCCAUCAUCUAUCUGGAUCAUGCCUACGUCCUAAUGGCUAUAAACUCUCUACAUAAAUAUGAACUUUUUAUGACAUAA